UGUUAGGCGGAAGUGUUUUUCGAAUGGGCAUGUGUUUGUACUCCGGUUUGAUUUUCGGCAGUUAGCUAUUAGAGAGGUUAGUUUUCUUUAGUGGAGAACGAUGUCUGUGGAAAGCAUUGAGAAGCUGAUUCGUCUCUACCAGCGGUACGAGGACUGUGUAAGGAAGAACCCAGCGAGCGCGGCUCAGCUGGAGAGCGCAGUGAGGACCCUGUCGUACCUCAUCGCGGGGCGGUUUACGGAUUCUCAUGAACUUUCAGAGCUUGUGUACUCUGCCUCCAAUCUACUAGUGCUGCUGAAUGAUGGGAUCCUUCGCAAAGGACUGUGCCGGACCCAUCCCAUGCCUUUGUCUCAGCAAAAACUGCUCACCUGGCUGACAGUACUGGAGUACGUGGAGGUUUUCACUGAGAUGGGAGCCAACAAACUUUGGGGUGACGGGGGCCGCUGGCUUGUCAUCGUUCUUAUCCAGAUUGCAAAAGCAAUUUUUCGCAUCCUGCUUCUGUUCUGGUAUAAGUCUGGCAUCCAGACGUCUCCUCCUAUCAUCCCCUUGGACAGGGACACACAGCUCAGUAAGAGAGAGGAGGAGAAUGAAGUUGAGGAAGAUAUUUCUUUUGUGGGCCAGCGAUCUGGAAGGGUGAUGCGACCCUUGGGCAGGGCUCCGUCACUGCACACUCGCCUGUGGGGAGCCCCCCAGCUGGUCAAGAGACGGAGCCACGAAGAGGACGUUCACCAGCCCCCAACCCCGCUGGGUCUGCAGGAGACCAUUGCAGAGUCUCUGUACAUUGCAAGACCCCUGGUGCACUUACUCUUCUUGGGGAUUUGUGGAAGACAGUCAUGGAAGCCAUGGCUCAUCUCUGGGAUUCUGGAGGUAACAAGUUUCGGUCUGAUGAAUGAUACCAAGUCUCUGAACCGACGGGAAAAAGCUGAGAUGCGACGGAGAGCAUUCUUGCUGCUCUACUACCUGCUCAGAUCGCCUUUCUAUGACCGAUAUUCAGAGACAAAGAUUUUGUUCCUACUGCGGUUUUUGGCAGACUACAUCCCAGGUGUUGGGUUAGUCGCACGUCCGCUGAUGGAAUAUUUGCCUAUAUGGCAGAAGAUCUAUUUUUACAACUGGGGCUGAUGGUGACAAUAUGCGAAGGAUCUAUAUGAUAUGAUUUCAAUAACAGGAACUCUGUAGAGCGGAAACAAAAGAAGACAAAUUGCUGUAAUUCAACUCAUGCCUGUGUCAGGUUUUUAGAAGGUAUCUUUACAUCAAUUUAGCAGAUAUUCUUAGAGACAUUGUGCUUUUUGUUUACGUGGGCAGCUCCUCCACCUUCCCACUUUCGGUGUCUUCUUCGAGUGAUCCUUUUUCAUAUGAGUAGGAAAGAUAGAUGUACAUUUAAGGUUUUGUGGGAUUUUACAGAUCUUAUUUGAUACAAUGAAUUGUUUUAAGUGCUUUUCCUUUUGUCACAUGUUUAAUUAGACUUAACAUCUGUACAUAAGGGCCUACCUUUCACAGAUAUCCUCUGCCUUGGGAAAUGCCCUGUUACACCAGUGGGUGGUGAAUAAGCUACUGUGUUUCUGUGCAGGGUUGAUGGCAGAGUUAAUCAUAACAAGACAAUUAUUCUCUGUAAACAAAUCAACUGUGCAUUACUCUGGAAUCAGACUCUAUCAAAGUUAUCAGAUAUUGUCACUUUGUGUUCCCCUUUGGCUCCAAGGUCACUUAUAGUGGGUAGAUGUGCAUAUGGCAGACAUCAUUACCAGUCGAACGAAAACUCUUUACAGAGGAUGCCUUUCCUAAUGGGCAUUUAUACCCUAGCAGGAGCUCACAUUAAAAUUCUAAUGAGACAUUUCCAUAGGGUCAUAGGACUAAUUGAAACCAGCUGGAUAUUUAUGGAAAUUGGGUAUUUUUUUCACUGUGUGAAAAGUGCUUAAUUGCCUUUGUUAAUGCUGAUCCCAAGAAAAUAGAAAAUGUGAAUGCCACAAAUGUGUCAAGCAUAGCCUGAAGA